AUGGCUGUCAAUGGAUUGUACAUAGUACAAGGAGAAUCAAAUGCCGUUGUUGCUUUGCUGAAAAAAGCUCAUAGAGGAUGGUCCCAUCAUCAGCAACGUUUAUUAGCAUCACCGUUAGAUGAAACUGAUCCGCUGUUGAGAAAUUUUUCAGAUCUUCGAGAUGUUUUAUAUUCGGUUAAUGACUUGUCAGACAUGAGUCCAGAUACAUUUGUUGGGCCAUUCCUUGAAGUAAUACGUUCAGAUCAAACAAAUGGUCCAGUGACAGCUCAGGCAUUGUCAUCAGUUGCAAAAUUUUUAAGCUAUGGUCUCAUAGACAGUGGAAGGUUGUAUCUAUAA